AUGUCAGAGAUUAAGAUGGACGAUGCUACCAGAGCUCUUAUUGAUAUACUGCCACAUAUCGAAGCGAAUAGACAAGUGCUUGGACUUGUCAGCGUAUCUGGAUUAGCAAUAGAAGAUGCAAUGCGUAUCACUGGCUUCUACCAGAGGAUGUCAACAACAAUCCGUGACCAUUUGUCUCGGGUUCUUCCUGAAACCGUUCAGCUGACAACCAAGACUAUUCCCAUGACCACAGAUCCAGAUUAUAAAGCAUCUUUUGCAGCACAAGAGAGGUUCAUCAAGGAUUUUGGGAUUGCGAAUAGUAAUAUCUCCUCGGAAUCCCUCACAUUCGCAGUAAAUUCUUGCAUUGAUCGCUCAAACACAUACUUUAUGAGUAGUCCUGUGAGGGCCUUUCAGUCGACCCACAGUAAUAUCCAACCGAGUUCUAGAACAGCAGGAGGAGAUCAAAGGCGGACAUGGAGGAGCGAUGGAGAGAGAUACUGGAUUUCUUUUGAUAAAACGGAAAAGACCAGGGAAGCUAGUAACGCAUGA